AACCAAUCAACGCUCUUGCGGGAGUACGUUAAGCAACAGAGCGAAGAUGGCCGAUGUAGAUUUUGGUGACAGUGAACUCUUUGAGCAAUUGGGAGAGAGUAUGCCUACUGCAACUCACAUUCGGUUCACGGAGGAUGGAGAAGAAUGCUCUGAGCUCAAGGGAAGAUUGGGGGAGUGUGAGGAAACAAUACGGAGUUUGAUAGAAGAGAACCAAGAGUUGAAGAGAAAAUUGAAAGUGUUGACAAGGCCAAGUGGCAUUAAUGUUGAAAACAUCAAGAUUGAUGGUCCUCUUCUACACAUCCUUUUUGCAAACAAUAACAUCUCAAAGCAAUGCCGUCAAGAAAUUGAAGACUGCCUCUGUAGUAUUGUUCAGAAACAGCAGCAGCAGGGAGAAGUUGAAAAAGGAAAUCCCUACGGAAAUGUCAACCCUCAGUCUUCAAGUUUCAUCAUGGAAGAAGAUCAGAAGACCAAGACCUCCUGUGGAAUCAAAAAGAUUAAGGAGGCCUUCAGUAUGGUGGGAAGUGUCCUGUAUUUCACUAGUUUCUGUCUGGACAAACUUGGACAGCCCCUGCUAAAUGAUAACCCCCAGCAGACAGAAGGAUGGGAGGUUCCAAAAUAUCAGCAGAUCUUCAGCCAGGUCAUUGCCUUAGAUGGACAAGAAGUACAGAUGAAAGAGAAAAGAGCUAAGCCUUGUUGUUUCAACUGUGGGUUGGAUGGUCAUCAACUUCGAGACUGUCCUCAGCCAAAGGACAUGGCCAGAAUCAACAAGAAGCGGAAGGAGUUUUGUCACGGUAACCAGGGAAACCUGAGCAAUCAGCGUUACCAUGCUGAUGAAGUGGAGGAGCGAUUUGCCAAAUACAAGCCUGGAUUCAUAAGUGAGAAGCUGCUGUCUGCACUGGGAGUUGAUAUGAACACACUACCACCUCACAUCUACCGCAUGAGGCAGCUAGGCUACCCACCUGGCUGGCUUAAGGAGGCAGAGAUGGAGAACUCCGGUCUCAUGCUUUAUGAUGGGAAGGUUUCAAGUGAUGAAGAACCAACAGAGGACAAUGGACCAAAAAUCUCCUAUGAUGUUUCCAAGCUUGUAGAUUUCCCAGGCUUCAAUAUAUCUUCACCCCCUAGUGUGAAGGAUGACUACAGGCUAUAUGGCUCUAUUCCAAUGCAGCAUAAUCACAUGAAGCAGAAUUUUGCUGCUUAUCUCUCUAACAAUUUUCCAAUGCCUGGUGCCAACUGCAAUAAAAGACCACAUGAAUCCUACUCAACUCCCCGGCAGACAAAGAAAAGGAGAUCUGAUGCCAGGAGUUCAGAUAUGGACUUUGAUUCAGACCAGGAUACUACACCCCGCCGCCACCGGAGCUCAGACAGCUUCCAGUUCCAGCCCCCGCUGCCCCCUGGCUCUCCAUCCUUUGGUUCACCCCCUCCGUUACCUCAUGGUACUCCGCCAGCUACUCCCACACCACCUCCUCUUCCUAAGGGAACACCUCCCCCCACACCCACAAAUGGCUCAAGGGCCCUGCGGGGACGCACUCUGAGAGGGAGUGAGGAGUCUGCAGGCGGGGAGGAGGAAGAGCUGACACUGGAAGAGCUGGAGGAGCAGCAGAGGCUGAUCUGGGCAGCAUUGGAAAAUGCUGACACAGCCACCAACAGUGACUCUGAGACACCAGCUGUUGGAACACCCCUCCCCAGCUCGCCCAGCAUCUCCACACCUGCCCAUGUUGACACUGAAUCUGAAAUGGAGGAUGGUGAGACUGAAGAUUAUGAGGAAAAGGAGGGAUCUAUGGAGGCUGCCAGCCACAACAGUGAUGAGCAGAUCAGUGUUGAGACAUCUUCUAGCAAAUGUCAGGAUUAUGAGGAAGAUGCUGAAGAUAAAGGCAAGGUGGUUGAAAACAAGGGCAGCUUACUGCAUUCACCAGACGAAGAAGAGGGCCCUCAGAGCCCUGAAGCUGCCACAGAUAGAGGCAAUGUGCUUGCACAGAAGGUCAGAUUGCUGCAAACGCCAGUGAACCAAGUGAGUCAUCAGUCGGAUCCCUCAGGUCAAGAUGCUAUGGAGGGAGAUCUGUCUGACUCUUUGGGGAAUGUAAUGGCCGUGCCUCACCGGAGUAGGUUUGCACAGGGCAUUAUUCCCUUUGAGGACACGCCAGAAUUCACAGAAGUUGCUGAGGCCACCGGGACAUACCUUCGAAUCCGAGACUUGCUGAAAGGUUCCCCCCGAAAUAUGGCGAAAAUCAAAAAGUGAGAAAAGACUGGUUUGAAUUCAAAUCCAGGGAUUGCUUUGCAUAAACACUUUUUUUAAAUUUUAUUUUUUUAACAAGUCUGUAGAUUUCAUACACUUUCCUUUCUGUAAGUGUGCCACAGAAAUUGGAGCGAAACAGUUUGGUGACCACAAUUCAAACAUCCUUUUUAAUGUUUUAUUUUUUUGUACUAAACUGAAUGUCUUUUCUGUGUAUGAGUUAGCUGGGGUCUAAAGAUGCAAGGUUUUUCUUUCAGGAAACCCCAUUGCUAGUUUAGGUAGUGUCUGUUUUGACAUUCACAUAAUCAUUUUUGUAGCAAUGACAACAUCCAUAUUGCUCUUUUUAGGUGUAAAGAUUUUAUCAAAUGUUUUUCCUCUUUCUGUUUUUACCAUCAAUUGAUAUUUUUUACAAGUCU